GGGUGAUGAGGUCGACUUGGGCUUGCAAAAGAAGAAAAUUCUGAAAAUCUAUUAUUUCUUCAUUCAUUUUUCACUGCAGCUGAAAGAAAAGGACAUCAACAGAAAAUGUUGGAUAUCGCAUAGGCCUAAUGCGAGUGUUUAUUGAUAAAGGUCAUUCAAGGUCAACUCCCUGAAAAUGGCGACUGUCGGAAGUAAACCGAGUGGGACCGGAGGCGGUGGAGGGGGAAGUUCAAUGCUCAAACAGGAUAAAACCCAACCUCAGUUUGAGGAUCGUUGGGAGGGUAUGAGACCAACUGUUCUUAAACUCAUGAGACAGGAAAAUGUGAGCAGAAAAGAAUGGCAAGACCUUUUCUGGGAGGUGUAUUCAGUGUGUGUUUGGGAUGAUAAAGGCGUAGACAAGGUCAACGAAGCUCUCAAACAUGAUAUUGUUGAUUUUGUACACCAAGCUAAACAGCGUGUCCUUCACGAUCAAGACGAGUCUGCACUACUCAAGGCAUACAUCAGGGAGUGGGGCAAGUAUUUCACCCAAUGUGAUUUCCUACCCAUGCCAUUCAAACCCUUAGAGACAGCCACAGGAAAGGUCUCUGGAGCCCUGCAGAAAAAAGCCAAUCAACAGAAUGAAGACUCCACAGUCAGAAAGUUGAUGUUGGAGAGUUGGAGUCAUUAUAUAUUCUCUAAAGUCAAACAUAAGCUUCAGGAGAGUGCUAUGGCAUUGGUUCUGGCCGAGAGGAACGGAGAGGCCUUUGACAAACAGCUUGUCAUUGGUGUCAGAGAGUCAUAUGUUAAUCUAUGUUUGAACAGUGAAGACAGGUUACAGAUCUACAAGGAGAAUUUUGAGAAAGCUUAUCUUGAUGCAACAGAAUCCUUCUACAAGGCACAGGCUCCAAAUUACUUGGCGGAGAAUGGUGUCCAGAACUACAUGAGAUAUGCAGACAGCAAGCUGAAAGAGGAAGAAUCAAGAGCAGGUAGAUACCUUGACACAAGCAAAGGAAGCAACUCAAUGAGCUUAUUAACAGAAUGCUGUGUAGAAUGUCUUGUUUCAGUCUUCAAAGAAGAGAUAUUAAGGGAGUGUGCACCAAUGAUUAAGAGUAAUGAAACGAGCAGACUAAACCUGAUGUUAAAACUAAUGGAUAGAGUUCCUGAAGGCAUCAAUCCUAUGCUUAGAGAUCUAGAGGAGCACAUUAUCGAAGCUGGUCUCGCUGACAUGGUUGCAGCAGCUGAUGUCAUCACUACUGAUUCUGAGAAGUACGUUGAGAGGUUAUUAGAGUUAUUCCAUAGGUUCAGUAAUCUAGUCAAAGAGGCCUUCAACGAUGAUCCAAGAUUCCUAACAUCAAGAGACAAGGCCUAUAGGCAUGUAGUCAAUGAUACUAAAGUCUUCCGUUUAGAGCUACCAACAAAAAACAAAAGUACUAUUAGUAAAGGGCAACCAGAGUCGAGAUGUCCAGAGCUACUAGCAAACUACUGUGACAUGCUCUUAAGAAAAACACCUCUUAGCAAACGACUCACUUCAGAAGAGAUUGAAAGCAAGCUUAGAAAUGUUCUUCUAGUAUUGAAGUAUGUGCAAAACAAAGAUGUGUUUAUGAGGUACCAUAAAGCACAUCUAACAAGACGAUUAAUACUUGACACAUCGGCAGAUAGUGAGAAGGAGGAAAAUAUGGUAGAGUGGCUCAGGGAGGUUGGAAUGCCAGCAGACUAUGUCAACAAACUUGCCAGGAUGUUCCAAGACAUCAAAGUAUCAGAAGACCUGAACCAAGCCUUCAAGGAGCUCCAUAGAAACAACUAUGGCAAUGUAGCAGAUAACAUGAACAUCAAGAUCUUGAAUGCUGGUGCAUGGUCAAGGAGUAGUGAGAGAGUACCUUGCUCGUUACCUGUUGAGUUAGAAGAUUUCAUACCUGAGGUAGAAGAAUUCUAUCGUAACAAACACAAUGGAAGGAAACUUCAAUGGCAUCAUCUUAUGUCAAAUGGAAUAAUCACCAUGAAGAAUGAAGUUGGUAUGUUUGAUCUUGAAGUCACCACAUUUCAAAUGGCAGUACUAUACGCAUGGAACCAAAGACCAUUAGACAAAAUCUCACUAGAAAACCUGAGGCUUGCAACCGAAUUACCUGACCAUGAACUCAGGAGAACGUUAUGGUCUUUGGUAGCAUUUGCCAAGUUAAAGAGACAGCUUGUUCUGAUGCAACCAGAGGCUAAAUCUCCCAAGGAAUUUGUAGAUGGAACCGUCUUUUGGGUCAACCAAGAUUUCGCUGUCAUUAAGAAUGGGAAGCCUCAGAAGCGUGGUAAGAUCAAUCUUAUAGGAAGACUACAGCUCUCUACAGAAAGGAGUACUGAAGAGGAUAAAGAAGGAAUUGUGCAACUCAGAAUACUUAGGACACAGGAGGCAAUAGUUAAGAUCAUGAAGAUGAGGAAGAAGCUUAGCAAUGCCCAACUUCAGACGGAAUUGGUUGAAAUCCUCAAGAACAUGUUCCUUCCUCAGAAGAAGAUGAUCAAAGAAGAAAUAGAAUGGCUGAUAGAUCAUAAGUACAUGAAGAGAGAUGAUGGUGACAUCAAUACAUUCAUCUACCUUGCUUGAUCAUCAUGCCAGUCGGAACUGACUUAGCGGGUGAUUGGUCCGGUCUGAAUAUCCUGACAAAGAGAUGAGAAAUGGUCGAAAGAGAAUUAUUCAUCAUCACAAAGAAUAGUUAUGGGUAUUCAUUUGUAUUUUAUACUGUGAAGAAGUUGCGGAGAAAAUACUGUGGCUGGAUGGAAAGAUGGAGACGACCCUCCACCUACCGUUCCCUCAAACUUGUUGUGGCUCUACAGGAUGUGUAUCCAGUUAUCUAGUUAUCACCAGGACAAGAAUCAAGAGAAAGUAUUGUGGUGUUGAGUCCUGGACUGACGGAUGCAUGUGAGUUUGUUUCCAGGAUAUCAGAAGAGGCCAUUCAUGUCAUGAAUGUGAAUCAAGACAAGAAAGCUUACUGAAGAUUGACAGACCUUGCAGAAAGGAAGAACUCUAUAUCCACCCGUUGCUAUCAUGUUUGCACCUGCUAAGGAACAGUUCUUAUCCUUUCUCUUGGGUGCUGGGACUGUUCCUUUGUCUUCUUUCUACCCCCAAAUGGGUCAGCAGUCCAACCAUUGUACCAAUGUGGCAAAUUUAUUAGUGAACAUAAGGUACCUAUCAUGACUACAAUAAAAUAUUUGACCAUGAUGUUUCAGCAGAAAGAAAUUAAUAUUCCUUCAUUUAGGUAGAGUGACUACAACUCUCUUCAAUUCAGCUCAAUUCGGUCAGCAAACCACAAAUCCACAGUUUAGAACGUUAACUGUUUCCAAACCAGGAAUGAGUUUAUACUAUCUAUGAAUUUAUGGCAGAGAGAAAUAUCCAUUAACAUACGUUUGGAAACAUGGAACAAACAUCAAUCUUGCUUUGUUACACGUACAUUGUUUCAGUAGACUUCUUUAUGAUAAAAAGGGUUGCAAAGUUUCUUAACCCUAUCAAGGCGGGGGAUGGGGGGUCUCGGAGGCCCCUCACCUCACAGAUUUGCGCUAUAUUUUCGCCGUGCGAAUUUUUUUAACCGCGCCGCUCGCUGACUUUUUACUUUCAAGUCUUGCACAACUUUUGAGACAAUUUUGCGUCACACGGGUACGUGGUUUCGAAAUUACGCAACAUUAUGUAAGUGCAUGUCAGACCAAAAAUUGCUCAAAAAUGUGAUUUUGUGUACAAAGUCAAUGCAAAUUGUGUUUUCAACCAAAAAUCCCAAAUGUAUGAUUAUUUUGAACUGUUUCCAAACCAGGAAUGAAUUUGUAUUAUUUAUGAAUUUAUUGCAGAGAGAAAUAUCCAUUUACAUACAUUUGGAAACAUGGAACAAACAUCAAUCUUGCUUUGUUACACGUACAUUGUUUCAGUAGACUUCUUUAUGAUAAAAAGGGUUUUUGACAUGAUGUUAUCAAAGUAGCUGAUUAGUCAAAUCAUCUAAGCCAGCAAGUGGGUAUAUAGGAUCAGCGUAUGGUCGGGCAGUCUGUCCGUUGCAAAUUUUGCACAUUGAAUUACUUUCUCAGUUUUUAACCAAUUCUCAUGAAACUUGGCACACAUAAUGGUGUUGAGGUAAAGAUGUGCAAGACACAUUUUUCGUUUUUGUCACAAAUUGUGUUUCCAUGGCAAUGGUAUAUGAUGGCAAAAUAAGGCAAAUAUCUUCCAGUUUGAACUGCUCUAUAUGUUUUUAUCCAAUUCUCAUGAUAUGUAGCUCACACAUUGGUCUUGAGGUAAUACUAGGCAAGACAUAUUUUUUAAUGUGGUGAAAAUUGUUGCCAUGGUAUCAGUAUUAAUCACCUUCAGCCCCAAUCCAAAAGCCAUCAAGCAUGUUCAAGAUGGUGAGCAUUAAAUCUGUUUCAUUCCCCAUCUUUCCAUUGCUGGCUUGUUAACCUCUCUGGCUCUUUGCAGUACAGUGAAACUUAAGGAUCUGGCUAAAACUAUUUCAUGUUCCUCUGUGCAAGUAGUUUUGUUUCGAGAACAAGUCUUUGUUUAUCCGUUCCCCUUCAACCCUGCUGAUACUUUGGAAUCAUCUGCUGUGCAAUUGGGCUCACAAGACAGUAAUGGAUGAGGUUCUUUAUGUUCGAAUGAGAGUUAUUAAUUCUUAACUAUCUAAAUGGUUUUUGAGGGGGUUUCUGGAGUGGUUAGGAUGAGUCAUAUGGUAUAUAUCAUGGGAAAAUUGAGAAUCUCCACCUUUAGGAGAACUUUAAAACAGUAUGGUGAUUUUGGUGACUUAUCGGUGGUUUUGAGGUGACUAGCAACAUAUUCAUUAACUCUACUGCAAUGUAUCUUGCAAGAAACCAUUAAUAUCCACAGAUUCUCCUAUGGUAACCAAACUCUAGAAUCAUUAAUCUGAUACACAACAGUAAUAUAUGAAAUGGGUAUUACAAUCUGUAUUAAUGUUCAUGUUUAUUUUCCUAUGAAUACUAUUUAACAUGCUACGUUUUGUAGUAUGAUCUUAAGUACAAUGCACACUAUGUAAUUCAUUGCCAUCCGAAUUUUAAAGAAUUGUAAGAGCAUUCAAUAUAAUGUGCACUGGGCUUAAUUUGAAUUUCAUAAAUUUAUGAUAUGUGUGGAUACAAGUGUCUCCAUGUUUUGUAAAAAAAUAAUGUCAAUCAGAAGUAUUGAUGUAAAUUGCCUGUUUCAACAGUUAAUAUCUGUUUUCCUGAUAUAGCAGAAUCAAAUUCACACUUCUAGCUGCUUUAAAUGUUUAAAAUUUCGACAGGCCUGUUUAGUUUAUUUGAGUCUAGGGAAUGUUCCAUAAGGUUUCAAAAUUUCUUGAAAAUAAAUUUUACUUGAUAAAACAACCCCAAGAAACUCUAUUUCCAAGGAUAUCUGAUAUAUUUAAAAUUUUUGCUCUUAAAAAACAUGGUUAGUCUCAAUGGAGUACACAUUAAAUGAAUAUUUAGGCCAGCAAACUUAAUAUAUCCUUGGGUAUAUAAUGAUUUGAAUGCAUUUUGAAAAGUUUCUAUUUUAUAAAGAGUACUGUAUGUUCUCUAAUCCCAUUCAUAAGGCUGCAUACCAUCUGUAAGUUACGUGUGGAUUCACAAACACCUAAGAUUAAUUUUACCAAGAUGAAAUCAAUUUUAUGAUAUUUGAUUGGUAAACAGCUUCUAAAAAUAAUUCAAGCUACUAGUGUUAAGUGUACCUGAUCACAGGAAUUAUUUUUCAAAUACCUAGAAUUAUACUUAUUGUUCAGUCCACCCUAAUUCAUAUCAGUAAUUGCACUUUCUCAACUCUUCACACGUUUCGUUUGCAACAAUGCACACCGUAGAUGUGUUUCGUUCGCAUUUUGCAGUGCGUCUUAUUGAUGCCCUUUGUCUCAUAGAUUUCGUAGAUUUGUUUUGUUUUGGAUACAUUCACUU